UCGUCUCGAAGCUUUGGAGAAGACGGGAGUUUUGCCAUCUCUCUCGGACUUAUUCAAGAUGACUCACGCCUCACCAGAUGGGGUUUUUGUGGAUCCUGCAUCCGAGAAACUCUUCAACGCUGUGGCGUCUCGGGUUGAAGAGCAAGAGACGCAACUUACCCAACAGUCUGCAGAUGGAUUACCCGUCAAGUUGUCAACCGAAGAGGUCGACCGGAUCUUCGAGGAGGUGGCUCCUAGAAAGAAGGGAAGGACGGUCGGAAUAGGUUCCGUUAACGAAGUUGCAAGGGCGACUUCGUCAUACUAUUCGAGACGGGACCAGGACAACGACCGGAUGCAGGCUCGCAUGGAUACCCAGCAGCAGCGUUUGGACUCUCUCGAGGGUUUGCUGGAUGUGAUGGCGGUGGGAAAUCCAACUUUGCAGAGAGCUUUGGAGGAGAGACGAGCAGCUCUGGGGAUGAGCCAGCCGGAUCCCGAAGCAGGAACGUCUACAGACCCGAACCCCUCAGCCAACUACUUCGAUGACGAUGAUGUUGGCCUUUAG